CCCAGCUUUGUGUCUGUCUACCUCCUCCAGAAGAGGAGCGUCUCUUCGAAUUCGAAAUAUAAAAGUAGUAAGACGUACGCACAUUUCAUUUCUUGGACCAUAAUAGGCAAAACCACUUGGAAAAAGUAGACAUUAAUUAGAUGGAUAUUAAUGAAAUAGAUGCGAUUUUAGGAUCUCAAGGCGGCGAGUUUGAAAUUUACUGUCUGGUAGAAGUUAUCUCACAUUUCAGGGGAGCUCAAAUUCUGUAUAUAUGAAUGAUGAUAUCAAGUUGAAGUGUUUUUACCCCCGGGGAACGAGCUCACAGUACCAAUCGGACAAAAGACUUGUUGGACCCCUGGACAUGGUAAUAAUAAAGAAUCGAACCCUUGUCCAGCCAGUAGCCCAUUGUCUCACUGACUGAGGUUUCACGGAUCGGAAUUUAAAAUAAGCUUACACGUUUGUGAUUUUUUGUAAAAUCGGCGCAUCGGAUAAAAUGUUUGUGUGUGACAUGAAGUGGAUAUUUCAUUACGCCUUACAACUUCUAUUUGAGUUUUCUAUAGAAUAUAUGUUUAAUAUAAUAUAAUAAAACAUAAUUUCCGUGUAUGCAGGGUCAAUAUAUUUAUGUAAGAAAAAUACACCUGUGAUUAAUAAAUUAACAUUAAGAUCAAUUACAUGUAAAAUCAGAAAUGAAUCGUUUUGUAAUUCAGUUCUACGAAAGCAUAUAAGUAUGAUAUAUGAAGAAUGUUAUUAUGCUCCAAAAUUGAAUAAACUGAAGGGAAUAGGCCAACGCGAAGUUUGGUAUAGAUCUUCCACACAAAUAUAUUAUAUUCAUGAUUUGAAUUAUACAGUCACAAUUUACCAGGCCUCUACUUCGUGAAUGUUUAAGUGCUAACGUCUAUUUUCGACUAAGUUAAAAAUAUCCAAACAAGUUCCUAUCGCAAACACAGAGAGCGUUGUAAAGUGUCUAGCUCGGGUUAUAACAAGCCAUUGACAUCAAACUGAUUCUGCAUCAAGAUUUAAACGAAGAAUUCACGUUACACGGUGCCACAUAAGUUUGCGAUGCCUGAGGAUGAGUGCGUCGUGUGUUCUGCCCCAGCUGCUCGUAAGUGCAGUGCCUGCAGGCAGACGUCCUAUUGCAGCAAGGAACAUCAGAAACAGGAUUGGAAGAAACACAAAAAUGCCUGCAGAUGUUUCGAAAUCCGAACGUCGCCGGAGCUGGGGAAGUACCUCGUGGCCUCACGUGACCUGUCCCCUGGGGACGUGAUUAUCAGCGAAGGGCCUCUGCUUGUGGGUCCCAAGCUACAUACCGAGCAGCCCCUCUGUCUGGGGUGCCACGCACCUACGCGGUUCGACAGCGAUUACAGGUGUCCCAAAUGCCUAUGGCCGUGGUGCGGGCCGAGCUGCCCCGCGGAUCCCAAGCUUCACGCCCCAGAGUGUUCAAUACUGCGCCUACAGGCAAAACAAAGCUUGGCUUCGGCGGCCAGAAAGGACGUUGCUGGCUACCAUUAUGACGCCGUGACGCCGCUCAGAUGUUUGCUGUUUCAACGACGCAACCCCCGUAAGUGGGAGCAGAUCCUACAGAUGGAAGCACAUCUCAGGCACAGAGGACCUGGGACUGAUACCUACAGGGAGAUUCAAGAUCGCGUGGUAAAUUUCCUGCAGGAGAAUUACCUGCAGAAUCUCCCUUCAGUUGACGUGAGUGGAGAAACAGUUUUGCAGAACUGUUCUCAGAACACUCUGCACAGGAUAUGUGGCGUGCUGGAUGUGAACGGACUGGACAUCCGCCUUGCCCUGGGGUCAGAGGUUGUGGCAUUGUACCCCACGGUAUACCUGAUUGAACACAAUUGUCUGCCAAACACUCGACACACUUUCGAGAUCAACCCCGGAUACAAACAGUACCGCAUAACUGUAACAGCCACCCAGCACAUCCAGAAGGGCGAGCACAUCGCGACGAUGUACACGCAUGCGCUGUGGGGUACACAGGCUCGCAGGGACCACCUUUUGGCCACCAAGUACUUCAGCUGCCGGUGCAAGAGAUGUAGCGACCCCACGGAGCUGGGUACAAACAUCAGCGGCUUGCGGUGCCUGGGGCUGCAUGCCCUCUCAGAUGGGACCUCCGACGCAGACGAUGGUUCAUGUGGAGGGACACAGUUGCCAAUUUCGCCAUUGGAUGACAAUUCAGACUGGCGCUGCGAUCGCUGUCCUAUUGUGAUGACUUCAUCAGAAGUGUCUGACCUAGUAUCAAGGAUCGGAGAGGAGGUGGACACUAUCCAGGCAGGAAGUCCAACAGUGACGCAACUGGAGGAACUUCUGACAAAGCUGUCCAUGUUUCUGCACCCCCACCAUUAUCACCUAUACUCCGUCAAACACACUCUGGUUCAACUGUAUGGUCACCAACAGGGAUACCAGAUCAGUCAGCUGAGCGACCAGCAGCUGAAGAGGAAAGCCGGCAUGUGCCGGGAACUGCUCGCCAUAACAGACACCCUAGACCCAGGCGCCACGAGACUGGCGCUCUUUUCCUCAGUACUUCUGAGGGAACUUCACUGUGCAGAGUUUUAUCUCGCCCGUCGUGACCUUGAGAAGGAGCCACCUGUCGUAUCUGCCCGGGAGACUAUCCGCAGGGCCCUGGAAGCAAAAGAAUUGUUGCUGAGGGCCAUCGAAAUCCUGAAGCCAGAACCUCUGUUCUCAUCCGGAGCCAAAAUGACGGAGCUCGUCCAGAAGACCCUUUUUGAAUGCGAUAUUUGGUUAAAGGACAAGAUGUCGACUAUUCCGACAUAAGUUGAACAGAGCAGUCUGUAACACCAGAAUGUUCGAAAAACACUGGAACAGAGCAUGUAUUACUGAACAGGGGGUCUGCGGACCCCUGGGGGUCUGUAACACCAGAAUGUUCGAAAAACAUUGGAACAGAGCAUGUAUUAUAACGUUAAACUGAAGCUGUUUAUUUAAAACAUUACAUUUUAAAACUCUGAACAACAGAAUAAAUUCAUUACUGUGGAAAACAGAAACUAAUUUUAGAAAUGGAUAUUUACAUAAUUAAAACAGUAUACACAAAGCUGGUACUAUGUUUGUACCAAAGACAAAAUUUCAAGAAAGAUAUUGAUUAAUUGAACCGGAAACUCUCAUAUUUUUGAUAAUAUUAAAAACUUCGAAAGAAGUCAGAAUUAAUCAAAUCUUUUGAGAGUCGUUAGAUUGGCAGUCCCGUCUACACAACAAUUUUUUAUUUUAGUUUCAAUGUUUAUUAAUAACCACUACAUGUUUCGUCCUUGAUUGGUCAUCUUCAGGUGGUUUUCUUUAAUUUCUCGAAGAUAGUAGAUAUGACUGCUAAAUUGUAAAAAUAUUUCAAAUAGAUAACAUUAACAUGGAUCCGUGCGAUUUUCCUUAGUAAUAUUUCAACCCAACGAUCAUCACAAAACAGGACACAUCCCUUAAAACUUCUGACAGACAUUUUUCGUUACAAUAUAAAUAAAAAUAUAAUAUAAACAAUCUUACAUCUAUUCAUUACUAUCAUAUUCAGUCACAUUGCUCAUUAUUUACUAAGAAAUGAGCACUAAUGUCUCAGAUAUAUAGGACGUAUAGCACGCAUGAUGGACAUACAGGAAAGAGAUUAUUUGGAAGACCUAGUCUCAGAUUACAAAUAGUAGAUAUAAUUUAAAGUACUCAAGCAAUACUGUGGUUGUAUUUUGUAACAUACCGAUAAACUUUCUGAUUCCGUAAAACACAGAAUUUCUUGAAUAACUGAAUACUAAAGUAUUUAUGUGGAUUUUAA